AAAUGCUGGGGAGAAAAACUUCUUUCUUGGCAACACGAACCCCGAAUGCCUUGAUUAGGGCUGGGAAAGUGGCCUAUAUCCCCCGCAAGCCAGGGAAGGCAGGAGGUGACAGGCUGGAGAAAACAAAUGGGGAAAACCCGGAAAAAAAAUAACCACAACUUUUUUUAUUGAGCAGGGGUGUGGCCCCGAGGGGAGGGGGGAAGAGAGAGAGCACAAGCAAGCAAGCUCAGGUCAUCAUGUAAGGAAAGCAAGAAAGGGUUUUCCUUCACAGGCUACCUCAUGGAGGGCUGGAGAUGGAGGAACAUCUGCUGUCCUCUCCAGCCUCACUUGAAAGCCCAGCACUGCUUCUUGGAGCGGGCACCUAAGAGUGAAAGCAGAGCCUGGUGGGGAGCGGCUGGGUACAUUGAGAAAACCUUUUCUAGAAACAGCUGAACAAGCAACAGGAAAGGUUGUGGAGGAAGAGGAGAUGGUGACACCACAGAAAAGCAGAAGUUAUCGAGUGACCACAGCCUGCACGGAGCCCUCAGCUGGAUGGAUUCCUUCAGCAUUGCCCAGCAGACAUGAGGGGAGAAGGAAGAACCAGCCAGAACACACUACAAUGCUUCUGAUACUAACGGAGGGGGCUGGACUCAACUCUGUUCAUGAAGCAGAAAUUCUGCCAAGAACCCAACCCACCCAGCAGCUCGGCACUGCAGGUCCAACGUAAGCUACUGCUGAAGAUGCAAACUUGCUCCUUGCCUAUGCUGAAGGCCUUGGCCAGUGCAAUAAUAUUUGCAGUCAUUCUCUGGAACCUGAAUUUCUUUGGCUACCAAUCUGAGGUCCCUGGCCCAGCCCUGAGGCACAGCGAACCCCUGACAGUCCUGAUCUGGCAGUGGCCCUUCCGCCACACCCCGAACCUCAGCACUGAUGUUUGCGCAGACCGCUACAAGAUCAAGGGCUGCCAGCUGACGGGGGACCGCAGGUUCUUUAACCAGGCAGAUGCUGUGGUGUUCCAUCACUGGGAGCUGUGGCAGGGCAAGGUAAGACUCCCAACAGAAAGGAGGCCUGGACAAAACUGGGUGUGGGUUACCCUGGAAUCCCCCACCAACACUAAGGCACUGAGUGGCUGGAACCGAACCUUCAACUGGGUCAUGACAUACAGACAAGACUCAGACAUCUUCAUGCCAUAUGGGGAGCUUGUGCGCCAUCCAUCAGCCAGUGUGGACAUUCCAACCAAAACCGGCUUGGUGUCCUGGGUCAUCAGUAACUACCACCGGACUCAGAAGAGAGCGCAGGUCUACAGAGAGCUGUCCAGGCACCUCCAAGUGAAUGUGUAUGGGAAAUCAAACAAGAAGCCACUGUGCCCAGACUGCCUCUUGCCGACCACUUCCAAGUACAAGUUUUACCUGGCCUUCGAGAACUCCAUCCACCAGGACUACAUCACCGAGAAGCUGUGGAGGAACGCGCUGCUGGCUGGCACCGUGCCGGUGGUGCUGGGCCCCCCCCGAGCCAACUACGAGAAGUUCAUCCCUGCAGAUUCAUUCAUCCACAUUGAGGACUUUGGCUCCAUGAAGGAGCUGGCCAGCUUCUUGAAGACCAUGAACUCCAGCCGCUACAGGGCAUUCUUCGAGUGGAGGAAGAGGUAUGGGGUGAAGCUCUACACAGACUGGCACGAACGGUUCUGCACCAUCUGCGCCAGAUACCCCCGCCUGGCCCAGGGGCAAAUCUACCCUGACCUGGAGAGCUGGUUCAGUGUUUGAGAAGAUGGGGCUGGGCAACGCUGAAGCUUUUCAGAGAUGUGUGACUUGUACAGAGAAGCCAGGCUGUCUGCGUUAGUGGAAAAGGACGUCUGCGUGGGCUGGCUCAUUUUGAGUCAAGUGGCUGGUGGGGUGACUGAGGGCACUGAGCAGAACCUGGGUCUGGGAGCCAGGAGCUCUGAGUCCCAGCUCUGACACAGACUUGUACUGGGACUCGGCUUCCCCAUCUAUAAAAGGCUCGUACACUUACCUACCUCACAGGGGUGUUGUGAGGACUAACCGGUGCUACGUGAGGAGCGUUGAGUCUGCAGCUCAGCAGGUGGGCGGGUUCUGCACUGGCUAGGACAGGACAGUGAGCCUUUGCCAGGCUGGGAAGUUUGGCAUUUCCUAGACAGGGGCUGGCACAUCCUAAGAAAUGGCUAGUUGCUCCCCUUAGGAAUAAAUGGGGCAAAGGAG